UGCUUCAACAGAGUGAACAAAUCCUGCGAGAGGACUAGACCAACUCCUGAGCUGUGCUUCAAGUUCAAGGCUUAUUUUUUGGAACCUUUUAAAACACAUUCUCCACAAACCUCUACAGACAACAACAUCUUCCGACUCAUUUUCCAGCCGUGGAUGAGUGAAAGAAGCGUGGAUGGUUAUGUUUGAAAAGGAGUCAGGACAGCCUCUAAACCAGUCGACUGCUACAGCGAUGCCUUCCAACAAAUACUCUGCUGCUAUCAUGGAGGAGAGCAACAAAAUGACAGCCACGGCGCCGGUGAAUGGAGCCACGCCUCUGUCAGAGAACGACAGUGGAGUGGAGCUAACCAAUGAGAACAGCCCUCUGACCGCGGCCGAACCGCCUUCCCCCUUCAGCCCGAAGCAGAACGGAGACGCUGCCUCACCUCAAGAUGGUAACCAGUGUUCGGAGGGAAGCAGGAAGAGAAGCAGGAAGAAGUCAGAGGAGGAACAAACUACCUGGGACUCCUACAGCCAGGACAAGACUUCUGGAGCGUCUCAGUUGAGUUUGAGACAAACGCCUCGACCCAGAACGAUCUUCCAGGCCGGACUGAAGCCGCACACACACAACAAACCUCGCAGACAGAGCCGCAAACAGGAGCACAUCAUGUUACUGAAAAUGCAAAGUGGUGGUGGUCCUCGGGUGGCUCCAGUUGUGUCCGUCGGGGUCCCUGAAGCCCCCCGUGUGGAGCUGAUGGAACAAGACUCAAAGGACUCGGCCCAGAGCAUCAGCACUUCAUCCAGCUCCAAGAUCCAGCCAGAGUACAAUGACAACAAGGGUUUUGGCAUCGGUGAGCUAGUGUGGGGGAAGAUCAAGGGCUUUUCCUGGUGGCCCGGCAUCGUUGUGACGUGGCGCGCCACCGGCAAGCGGCAGGCCAGCCACGGCAUGAGGUGGCUGCAGUGGUUUGGAGACGGCAAGUUCUCUGAGGUUUCAGCAGACAAACUGGACUCCAUCACCGCCUUCCCCAAGUUCUUCAGCCAGGCUUCCUACACCAAGCUGGCCUCCUACCGCAGGGCUAUCUUCCAAGCUCUGGAGAUGUCCAGUAUCCGGGCGGAGAAGAAGUUUCCUCCCUGCGAGUCGGACAAUCCAGAAGACCAAGUCAAACCCAUGCUGGACUGGGCUAACGGCGGCUUCCUGCCCAAAGGAGAGGAAGGACUCAAACCUACACACACGGCCGACAGUAACCCUCUGGACCACCACCAGGUCCUCGAUGUUUCCCUGCCAGAGUAUUUCCCCAGCGCCAAGCGGCCCAGAGUCAGCCUCUGUAAGACUAAGGCCGCUCCCGAGGAGACUUACAGCAGAGAACAAAUGGUGAAUGAAGUUCUGAAGAAUAAAAGAAGUAUAGAAGAGUUCUGUCUCUCGUGUGGAAAGAUGAGAGCAGCAACCUUCCACCCGCUGUUUGAAGGAGGCCUGUGCCAAACAUGCAAGGACGUGUACCUGGAGAUAUCCUACAUGUACGACGACGACGGUUACCAGUCCUACUGCACCGUCUGCUGCGGAGGUCGAGAGGUUCUGCUCUGCGGCAACGCCAACUGCUGCAGGUGUUUCUGCGUGGACUGUCUGGACAUCCUGGUUGAUCCCGGAGCGUCUAACAACGCCCGCUAUCUGGACCCGUGGCGAUGCUACAUGUGCCAGCCGAUGCUGCAGUACGGCGUCCUGAAGCGACGGCACGACUGGAGUUUAAAGCUGCAGGAGUUCUUCGCCAACGACAACGGACAGGAGUUUGAGAAACCAACGAUUUUCCCAGCAGUCCCUGCAGAGCAGAGACGACCAAUCAGAGUCCUCUCUCUGUUUGACGGCAUUGCCACAGGCUACCUGGUUCUAAGGGACCUGGGUUUUAAGGUGGACCAGUACGUGGCGUCAGAGGUGUGUGAGGACUCCAUCUCAGUGGGCGUUGUCAGACAUGAAGGAAGGAUCCAGUACGUGCACGAUGUCAGGAACAUCACUCACAAAAACCUGAUGGAGUGGGGUCCGUUUGACCUGGUGAUUGGAGGAAGUCCCUGCAACGACCUGUCAAUCGUCAAUCCUGCCAGGAAAGGGCUCUAUGAAGGCACAGGGAGGCUUUUCUUCGAGUUCUACCGUCUGCUGAACGAGGCCAAGCCCAAAGAAGGAGAGAACCGGCCGUUCUUCUGGAUGUUCGAGAACGUGGUCGCCAUGGGAGUCAAUGACAAGAGGGAUAUCUCUCGAUUCCUGGAGUGCAACCCUGUGAUGAUCGAUGCUAUCGAGGUCUCUGCUGCUCACCGUGCUCGAUACUUCUGGGGAAACCUGCCGGGCAUGAACAGUUCUGUGUGUUUCAGGCCUCUGUGUGCUUCUGGGAUGGACAAGCUGAAGCUGCAGGACUGUCUGGAUCACGGCCGAGUUGCAAAGUUUGGGAAGGUGCGCACCAUCACUACACGCUCCAACUCCAUCAAACAAGGGAAGGAUCAACACUUCCCUGUCCUGAUGAACGGGAAGGAGGACAUACUGUGGUGCACUGAGCUGGAGAGGAUCUUUGGCUUCCCUGUCCACUACACAGACGUGUCCAACAUGGGCCGCGGUGCCAGACAGAAGCUUCUGGGCCGGUCCUGGAGCGUCCCCGUCAUCAGGCAUCUGUUCGCACCACUGAAGGACUACUUCGCCUGCGAAUAGACGCCACCCAUUGCCAGCAAACAGACGCCACUUAUGAUUACAAACCAGCUUCACGAGUGUCAAACUGGCUCCAAAAACAAACAUCCGCCGCCAGCCACAUUUUGUAAAGAGCUGGAAGUUUUUCUCCACUUUGGCAAAUAACCAGUUUCACGAAAAAUCAAUGUAACUGGGAAAUACUGAAAACAGCUGUUUGUUUGUAUCCUGGAGAUAAUGCACAGCGAGCUUAAACGCACACAACACACACUAACACAGAUACAGCAUUCACUACGACAUCGUGUCAGAGAGAGAGGGACUCUUCUGCUUUGUUCACUAACAUUAGGCCUGUACAGUGAUUUCAACAGGGUCUUACUUAUGUUCUAAUAUGCCCUUAGAAGGUAAUGUUUUUAAGUUGACAACACUUAGUAGUUGUAGAAAAUAGAGAACAUGGCACCAACGGUACAGAUUUUUAAAUGGCUCUGUAUCAAACGUUUUGUUUUGUUUAAGGAAGUUCAAAACAUUUCAGAGGUCGCUCAUCCCUCCAUUUAGUUUAUUAUUGAAGCGUGUGACAACAGGCUGCUGACACAGACGCUGUUGAUGUUAACAAAAGCACUUGAACCAAAGUCAUUAGACGGACAGUGAGCUGCUGCUCCACGAGCCUCCGGCCUGAAUGUAUUUCAAAACAAAACAUUUCAAUUUAGAAAAAGAUGAAACAUGACAUUUGGGGUUUUCUGUCAAAAUUCUUAAGAGAAAGGAAAUCCACAUCUGUACCAGAUAAUAAAAGAUUAACAGAUUAUUUCAUCUAUACACAUCUCAUCUCAGACACAAAGGUGCUGUGGUGUCAAUGCUAACAAAUCAAUCUUUGGUAAAAUGACCAGUUGCUUAAAUUUCCCAACAUAUUAGAGUAAGAGGCGUGUGUGCUAAGAAAACCAUAGCGCCACGUUUGAGUUCUUCAAAACGCCAAUAGAAGAAGCGCUCGGUAAGAAAAUACAUUCAGCGAUGGAAGCUGGUGCACCGCAAGCUAACCUGGAGAUGAAGCAGGAUCGUCUUUUAAUUUAGAGUUUAUAAUCAUUGAACAAUGAUUUUACUUUUUGUCUUUUACUUUGAGCUUCGAUAGAAAAGAAAAAAAUGUUCUAAGAUUAUAUAAAAAUGUUUUUGUAUAGAUAGUGUGACACUUUGAGUCUUAACGUCUCCCUGAUAGCUUCAUACAAAUACUUGAAACAAGCCAAUGCAAAAACAGAGAUAUAGAGAGUGGAGAACCGUUCAGACAGCUAAGAGUUAAAGAGUGUUUAUCCUACUGUAGAAGUUAAGAUUUUAUCUUAUGAAUAGUGUUUUAGUUCACUGUAAUGGCUCGAUGCCAGUGUCUCCACAUG